AUGAAUGAUAUGUGGGCUUUGGUGUUGAUCGCCUUGGUGAUUGGAAUUACUGAUGCAAGAUACCGGGAUCCACGUACAAGGAACCAACAAUUCACGGGACCGGUUAUCAAAGCUGAGACAAAUGGCGCAGAUGACUUGGUUAGAGUUACGCGAGACGUCGAGAACCCUGCGGCUCUUAGUGUCGGAGAGAUACAGGAUUCUCAGACAGAGAAAACUUUGAAGAAACGUCAAGCAGAACCUCUCACGGUGUCUGUGGGUGCACCAACAUUUAUUCCAAAUAAGUUAAAAAAUAACGUCAUUCUUGGUUUAAAAGCACCAGGUGUUUUAGAAAAAGCUUCUUCAAGAUUGGGUUUCGCCGAUAAUAAUGCUGGUGAAACUUUUCAUCAUGGUUUUCACCAUGGUCAUCAUCAUGGACACCAUCAUGGCCAUGAACACAAACAUGGACAUCACUCGAAACAUGACCAUGGUCAUCAUCAUAAACACGAGCAUGGACAUCAUCACAAACAUGGACACGAACAUAAACAUGGGCAUGAUCAUCAUGAAGAUCAUCAUCAUCACGAGGACCAUCAUCAUGGUCACAAAGAGGAUCACAAACAUGAUCACCAUGAAGACCAUCAUCACGGUCAUCACCAUGGACAUCACCACAAGCAUAAGCAUGAUCACAAGCACGAAGAACAUCAUGGUCACGAGCACAAACAUGACCAUGGACAUCAUCACAAACAUGGACACCAGCAUCAUUCGAAACAUGAACAUCAUGAAGAGCACAAACAUCACGCAGAACAUCACCAUCAUCAUAAACACAGCCACCAUAAUGAACAUCAUCAUCAUCACGAACAUCACCACGUCAAUGAGCAUCAUCAUCAUCAUCAGCACAAAGAAACUGAAUCUCAUCACCACCACCACGGACAUGAUCACAAAGAAGAACACAAACAUGAACAUAAACAAGAACAUCACCACAAACAUGGUCAUGAGCACAAGGAGGAACAUAAAGAGGAACAUCAUCAUGGACACCAUGAGGAUCAUCACCACAAACACGGACAUGAGCACAAACAUGGACAUCACGAAGACCAUCACCAUGGUCAUCAUGAGGAUCAUCAUCAUAAACAUGGUCACGAGCAUAAGCACGAUCAUCAUGAAGAACAUCAUCAUGGGCAUCAUCAAGAACAUAAACAUGAACACAAAGAAGAUCACAAACAUAAGCAUCACCAUGACCACAAGCAUGGCCAUCAUGAAGAUCAUCACCACGGUCAUCAUGAAGACCAUCAUCACAAACACGGUCACGAGCAUAAGCACGAUCAUCAUGAGGGUCAUCAUCAUGGUCAUCACCAUUCUCUGCAUCACAAACACGAGGAAGAACAUCAUGCUCAUCAUGGACAUGAUCAUCAUAGUCACCACUCAAACGACGACGACGAACACGACUUCAAAGGAUAUCAAUUUGAUGCAACUCAAGCUCAUGAAGACUACACAUUCCCUGACGACGUAUCUACCAAAACUCUCCUGGAACAAGUCGCUCAAGUUGACCUCAAAAAGGAACCAAACGUUUUGCUUCUCAGUGCUCCCGAUCCUAAUUUACAACAAGCUUAA